AUGACUUCUAACCCAGCCGAGUCAUUAAAUGCCGCACUAGUUCAUGCAAGAGAGCUGCCAGUUGCAACGCUCCUUAUGCACUUACAUGAUCUCCAACAAGAAUACUCCUAUAAACAUAGAAACAUUGCCCUCAACACUAUUACAAGGAUGAUGAAAAAACAUGAAGAUGUGCUAGCAAGAAACUAUGUAAAUUCACUCAAGUUGGAGAUAAAGCCAACUACAAAUGAAAUGUUUACAGUGAUGAGUAAUGGCGACAAAUACACAGUAGACAUGAAGGAAAGGACAUGCACUUGCAAAAGAUUUGAAACUGAUGAAAUACCAUGCCAACAUGUAGUCGUAAUUCUCAAUGAAAUGAACCGGGAUCCGUAUCAGUUUUGUUCAAAAUACUACAUGAAAGAAGCUAUGCUAGCAACAUAUAGUGAGACGGUAUUUCCAAUGGAAAAACAAGAUCAGUGGGUUAUACCACAAGAAGUACAAGACAUGAUUGUACUACCGCCGCUACACAAGACAAAAAGCGGAAGGCCAAAAAAGCAAAGGUAUACAUCUAAAUGGGAAAAUAACAAGAAUACAAAGUGUACUAGAUGUGGAAAAAAAGGACACAAUCGAAAAACUUGUAGAAACACGCCGAAAAGAAUCAAAAUACAGCAUGUAGUCAACAAAAAUUUGUUUUAA